AUGACUGAGGCAGCGUCCGCCCCCGUCGCCGGCGUGUUCGACCGCUCGUUGGACUGGAUCGUGGCAAACAAGCUCAGGGCCUACCAGUGGACCCGUCCCAUCCCCACCAGCCUUAAGAUCAUUCACUCGCGUGUGUAUGCUCAGGCGAUCACCUUGGGCGCCCUGGCUGCAGUGGCUGGCAUCGAGACAUACCACCGCAGCGACAGUGCAGAGACAGAGGACAAGGCGUGA